AAUUGAACGAAUAAACAAUCCAAACGAUUUGUAUUAUAGAAUAAUAAUAUCCAGGCAAUUGUUGGAAUUACACGUCGAAAAAAUGGCAGAAGAAGAAUUGGACAUUUUUAACAUCAAAUGUCCCAUUUGUCUGGAUGUUUACGUCGACCCGGUCAUCCUCACUUGUGGCCAUCUCUUCUGCAUGAAGUGUAUCAAGAAUACCAACAAUAUCACCAAAACCUGUCCGAUGUGUCGCUGUCCGAUAAGCAAUAUUAAAAAGAGAGACGAUCGGGUCAAGGAGGUGAAGAACAUCAUGGCCUCACAUUACGCCAUCUGCCAUUCGUGUGGGGAAACGACUGUCUUAUCCAGACUACGUGAGCACGUGACAGCGUGCCAAAAGGCCGCCAAAAAUUCCAAGAAGAGAACACCCGCUGGAGCGAAAAUCAUUCGAUGUGGAUUGUGCCAAAAGAGAAUCGCGCCGAACGGACUGUUAAAGCGCCUGAAAAACAACAAAAGACGUGGACAUUCGUUGAUCUGUCCGCAGUGCGCUUUAAAAAAUGCGACUAAAUCGAGAUCGGCGCAUCGUUUAAAAUAGACGAACAAAAUUUUCAACGAAUAAUUUUGAAUCGAAAUAACGCUUCGUUUCGGCCAAUCAAAAUG